AUGCGGAUUGUGGAAGAUGGUGUGUGUUCUAUUGGUCUGAAAGUUCAAGCUAGUGAAAUUAAAAUUCCACCAUGGACUGUUCAAGUGGUGGGAUGGGGGGACGCAGAUGAUUGUGAAGUAUUGGUUAUCCCAAGAGGCAAGUCUAACACGUGCCUUCCACUCUCGAAGGAUGUGAAAUAUGUAAGUGCAUCCACAGCAGCAGAACUAUUGGAUAUGAUUAGUGGGCUAAAUUCCUUGCUCUUCACAAAAUGCAUGGCAGCUAGGUCAAUCAUAAGAGACCUUGCAAAGAAGAGAUGCAUUAAACACAACAAUGACCGCCGUGCUGGAAAAGAAAUUGAUGAUGGGGAAGAUGGGAAUGAAAUUGAUGGUGAGGAUGGUGAGUUUGAUGACAAUACAGAUGAUGGGUUUGAGAAUUCAAGUGAGGAGGGUGAGAACUCAACAAAGAAUGACAAUGAAGAGGAGGAGGAGGAGGAGGAGGAGAACGAGGACGAGGACGAGGAAAACGACAAGGUGGUGGAGGAGGAGGAGGUUGAUGAAGAUGGUGAAGAUGACGAGGAGGACUCACUAGUGGUUUACAAACCCCAGGCGUCAUGUGGCAAGCCAAAGUCCAAGUCAUCACCCAUUAAAAACAAAGGCACAGAAGCUGUGUUGAAAACAAAAGACAAAAGAGGGGAGGUGCAUACCAAGGAAAAAGCAGUUGUGCUUAAAGCAAAAGGCAAUGCACUGCCAGAAAAGCUCAAGGCAUCUUUGCCCAAACCAGAACCUAUUAGUAAGCGGCUAAGGAAGAAAACUUAA